UGCACAUCCUAGUACGUCUAUCAUUUUUACUAACAUCGUGCUACGCAAGCACAUAGUAGUAGUACUUGAACUUGCGCACGUCGUGUUAUCUGCUUAUUUAUUUGUUGAUCGUGCGUCUAGGUUUGUAGCAAUCUCGUCGCACCUAUUUACAUUUCAAGCCUUUUAUUUGUCUUGCGUAACAAGAAAUUGCACACAUUUUUCAGAUUUUUACCAGUAGAAAACUUGAAACCGCCUGUACCCCUUGUAAGAUUUACUUGUAUAAUUUGUAGCACUAGCAUGGGCACAGGUUUAUUUGAAUUUGCGGAAAUCGACCCCCCACACCGCCCCCAAUUUUACAAAAAAUCGACGGCAAAUUUUACAUCUAGGCUUCGAAGAGAAGACAGAAGACCCUUUAAUCCCAAUUGCCUAUUUCUCCUUUUCUGCAUCAAAAAUCUCCCAAGGUCAUCGCUCAUCUUUCCUGCUGCCAGAGGGUCGCGCUUUCCUGCUGCCAUGACAAAAUCCUCCAGAGGGUCGCGCUUUCGUGCUUAGCGCAGCCCCAGCGCAUGCGCCAGGGAACGCGCUGCGCGUUGACAGAAUAACCGCCGGCCACUGUGUCCAAGUUCGCGCGCCUGGGUGCGAGCUGAUGCCCCAGCUUGGAGGGGCUCUUUUUUUCCCCAAAGAUCCCCCCCAAGCCGGGGCUACGCCGGCGGUCGCACCGGGCCGCGGCAGUGUGCGCGCCCACUCGUCUCUCUUUGUGUCAAGCAGCAGAUGAUGGCCCCUCCGGUGUUGUCUUUGGUGCCUGCGCCGUGCCGUCGGUCCUAAAUUAGGACCGGUGGGGCGCUGGCUCUAUAAAAUGAUAUGUAUAUGGCUAUGGGACCAGGUCCACGAAGCAAAGAUGCUGCUUCAGCUGCGCACGUUCCCGCUCGUGCAUAGAAAAGAACACUACUGCACCGACCUGCUGCGGUGUUUUGGGAUGAAGCAGAGUUGUAGCUUCGGCUCCAAAUGUUCCCGCUCUCGUUUUCUGUUGUUCUUAUCCUCCAACUCCGUGCAUAGAUAAAGAAGUUCUCAUCUAUGCACGGAGAUGAUUGGACGAUCAGAAUUGAAGCUUCUCCUCCAGAUGUUCCCGCUCUCUCAAAAAUGCUGUUCUUAUCCCUCCUGUUCGUGCAUAGAUAAGAACACCAUUUUUAGGUCGUUACAAACAUGUUCUUAUCUAUGCACCAUUUGGAGGAUAAGAACAGCAUUUUUGCGAGAGCGGGAACAUCUGGAGGAGAAGCUUCAAUUCUGAUCGUCCAAUCAUCUCCGUGCAUAGAUGGGAACAGAAAGCGGUGCCAACGGUGAGUGAGUGGGGCGGUGGGUGGGAGAUUGGGUUGCGCUUGAUGAGUUCCAAGAGGUCACGAGGGGCCUGCGCACCAAGUCCGCACAAGCCGGCUUGCGGCCUUUUUUGGGUCGCGAGUACGUAGGGCCCGGGGCCGCGGAAAAGAUGCUCGCCUGCGGCGGAUGGCUGUGUUGUGAGUGCCCGCUGGGCGCGUCGAUCUGCGCAGUGGGGGGGCCUCAUUAGUCUAUGCCUAGCUUCGCCGGGGUGCUGAAAUGCCUGCUGGUUCCUCUAGAACGACGCCUGGGCCGCGUGCAAAAACCCACCAGGGGAGGCAACAGCACUUCUACGCAGGCGCGACCAUAAAAACUGCAGCGCCUGCGUUGGCGCAAAAAAAAAGGCAAAUCGCGACGGUAUGCUGCGAAUUUCUUUAGGGAUAAGAACAGUGCUGAAGAUCACCUAUUCCGGGUGGUCUGCGACAUCAUGUUCCACUUGAUAGCAAUAUGUAUAGCUAAAAACAGGUGUGAAGGAUCCUCCUCCUCCUCUAUUUCGUCUCUAUACAAAAAUCUCCCAAGGUCAUCGCUCAUCUUUCCUGCUGCCCAAGCAAAUGUACAGAAGUUUUUGGUGUGAACAAGACUAACCGAG